AUGACACCACCUCAAGCUCUCGUGUUGGUUGAUCCUCUCAACGAGUUCUUACAUCCUGAUGGCAAACUUUAUCCGCUACUGAAGGAGAGUCUCGACACGACCGACACCCUGGCUAACAUUCGCCAGCUUGUAGAAGGUGCUCGUGCAGCGAACAUCCCCAUCUACUACGGCCUUCAUCAGAGUACCCAAGAUGGCACUUACACUGGCUGGCUACAUAUGCGUGCCAAUCACAUUCGCAACAGAGACAAAAAGACAUUCGCUGGUUGGGGAGCUGAGAUCAUCGAGGGGUUGGAGCCAAACUUUGGCAAUGGAGACGUCGUCGUCAGCAGACAUUGGAAUGCCAGUUCUUUCCGCAACACGGAUCUCGAUUACCAGCUCCGCCAGAGAGAAAUACAUCAUCUGGUCAUGGCAGGGAUGGUCGCCAAUACCUGCCUCGAGGCCACGGCCAGGGAAGCCAUUGAAUUAGGAUAUACAGUCACCAUGCUCUCGGAUUGCACCGCGGGCUUCAGCAACAAGUUAAAGGAUGCUGGGGAGGUUGUGUGGCCGACACUGUUCGAGGAAGUCACGACCCUCAAACAGUGGUUGGCAAAGAUCAACGACCAAAAAGGAGCAAACUUGUGA